UUGAAUUUCUAAAAGACAAAAUCAGAACACGCCUUCUCUCUCUCAUAAGUCACAAUUCACCAACCAAAACCCCCCUUAUCUCUCUCUCACAAUUCACCUGCCCAUGCUAAACCCUAUCAGAACGCCACCACUUUCGCCGCCGGCGGUGACAGACAGCGGUUGCCGUCGUCGCCUCAUGAAGGUCUGAUUGGCCCUCGCCUCCUGGAUCCCCUUCUUUUCGACAUCGCCAGAAGGUCUGCUCAGAGUUCUUGGCGUCGCAGUCUCUGUCGUCGUUGUCAAGCCAGUCUCCGUCGUCGGCCCUGAACUCGUCUUCUCUGUCCUCGUCAUCAAGCCUCUGUCUUCGAGCCCCCCUCUCUCUCUCUCUCCGAGCUCACUUUCCUUCCUCCUUCCGUCGCCGUAAAGUGUGACAACAUUGGUGAAACAGAAGGUGAGUUGAUGAAGGUCAUGGUGAAAAAUCGAAAAAUCGAAUCAAAUCAAUCAAUUUCAAUUCAGUUUGGUUGGCCUCGGAAAAAAUCAAACCAAACCUAACCAAUUAAUUUUUUUACAAUUGGAUCGGAUGUUUUUUUUUUUCCCUAAAAACCAAACCAAACCGCGUUGCGAACACCCACAGUGUCCAUAUCUCCUCAACAGAAACAAAGGACACUAACCACGAAUAUACACCCACAAUUAGCAUUGACUUGCCCUCGCCUGCUCACCUUCUUGAGCCACCACCAUGACCUCACCGAGUCUGCACAGAUCAUUUCUCCGUUCCACCAAAACCCUAAUCACCCUGUCUUCCCAUCGCAUCAUCUCCUUCGAUUUUUCACAAAACCCAAACCAACAAUCUUUCUAUUCUUCUCGCUCCAAUUCCCCAAUUGGGUCUCCAUCUAGAGUCCAGAAGCUCAUAGCUUCCCAAUCGGACCCUCUUCUUGCCAAAAAAAUCUUCGAAUGCGCCUCUCGCCAUCCCAACUUUUGCCAUUCUUACUCUACCUACCUCAUUCUCAUCCUCAAAUUGGGCCGCUCAAGGCAAUUCUCCCUUGUCGAUGACCUUGUUCGCCGCCUCAAAUCCGAAUCCUACCCAAUCACUCCUACCUUGUUCUCCUACUUGAUCAGAGUCUAUGGCGAAGCUGAUUUACCCGAUAAGGCCCUCAAAACCUUCUACACUAUGCUUCAAUACGGUUUCAAACCUUUGCCCAAACACCUCAACCGCAUUCUUGAGAUUCUUGUAUCCCACCGUAACUUUGUUCGAACUGCAUUCGAUCUCUUCAGGGAUGCUCAUAGGCACGGUGUGUCACCCAAUACUCAGUCCUACAAUAUUCUCAUGCGGGCUUUCUGUUUGAAUGGAGAUAUUAGCAUUGCCUUCCACCUGUUCAACAAAAUGUUUAAGAGAGAUAUUGUUCCUGAUAUCGAGUGUUACCGGAUUCUGAUGCAGGCAAUGUGUAGGAAGAAUCAAGUGAAUGGAGCUGUGGAUUUGUUGGAGGAUAUGUUGAACAAAGGGUUCGUUCCUGACGCUCUGACUUACACCACUUUGUUGAACAGUUUGUGUAGGAAGAAGAAGCUUAGAGAAGCUUACAAGCUUCUUUGUAGGAUGAAGAUCAAAGGGUGCAAUCCUGACAUAGUUCAUUAUAAUACUGUUAUAUCGGGGUUCUGCAGAGAAGGGCGCGCCCAUGAUGCUUGUAAAGUUAUUGCUGAUAUGCAGAACAAUGGGUGCUUGCCUAAUGUUGUGUCAUAUCGAACUUUGGUUGGUGGGUUAUGUGACAAAGGAAUGCUUGAUGAGGCAAAUAACUACAUGAAGGAGAUGCUGUCUAAGGGUUUUUCUCCGUAUUUUGCUGUUAUUCAUGGCCUAGUAAAGGGUUUCUGCAAUGUUGGUAAGAUUGAGGAAGCUUGUGGAGUUCUUACCAAAUCGCUUGAGCAUGGGGAAGCUCCUCAUAUGGAUACCUGGGCAAUCAUAAUACCUUUAAUAUGUGAAGUGGAUGAUGUUGUGAGGAGCAGAGAUGUUUUGGAGCAAGUUCUCAAGAUUGAAAUAACAGGUCAUACUAGAAUAGUGGAUGCUGGAAUUGGUUUAGAGAACUACUUAAUUAGGAAGAUACGAGCCAAUCCAAGAGCAUCUUAAUGCAGGUUUUUGUCCCCCAUGUUGCAAAGAUGCAUGAACUCAUUAUAAUGCAGAACAAAAUGUAGUCAGCUUGAUGGCCUUCAGCUCAGCAAAGGCAAUUUCAGAAUCAUAAGAGGGAGACAUUUGGACGUCUUAGGACAAGCUGUCCUCAGUAAGGGUGCCCCAACAUGCAACAUCAGGAGUGAGCACUUUGGAAAGGCCACAAGGUGCUGUAGAGGACAAUGUGGCUCAAGGCAAAUGUUCUUGUCUUCUUGACUAGCGUAAUUUGAUUGAUGGGCCUACUUGCAUCAGUGAAGGUGUUCCCGUAGAUACUGGACUACUGGAGAAGCUGUGCAGCAUUCUCCUGUAAGUGUAGACUAUAGAGGUAGUUGGCUAGUGGCUGAAAUAGGAAGAUUCUGCUCAUGUGACAUUGGUGUUUGCCGGAGCUAGAACUUGUAAUAAUGGAUGGUUCUAAAAAUGCCUUAACAUGGAAGCUUCAUGGAAAUUGCCAAUUGUUUUUGUUAUUGAAAACAAUUUAUGGGCUAUUUGGAAUUUGGAUGUCACAUCUCACGGCAACUUCAAUUCCUCAGGAAUGGAAGAACGGACCAGCAUUUGGAAUGCCAGGGAUUCAGGUUGAUCGGAUACAUGCUUUGAAGUUCAGGGAAGUCGGAAAUGAUGCAUAAGAAAGAGCCAGAGGAGAUGGACCAACUUUAUAAACCUAACUACUUAGUAGAGGUCAGUAGUUAUUCUUUUUCUUUUCCUCCCUCAUUUAUCACCAAUGU